AUGGAAAUCUUUAUUUUACUACUACCCUUAGUAAAAGUAGCAGUAACACUAGUGGGAUACGAUUGCGCCACGCAAUUUCUGAACAUUACCUCGUAUUUCCUCUUACAUAGAGCCGACUGUGAGAUCCCGAAUCUCCAGCCAAUUAAUAGCACAGGCUACGUACAGCUAUCACAGACUGCCGAUUACUACUCCGUAAAGGCCUUACAAUGUCGUAGCGGCACCGUCACGACAGACGGUACUUGCAAAACCUCUCAAUAUAGCGACCUCUAUGGAACAUGGGACGAGGUAGUAGUACAAGCCAUCGUUAGGCUCACUCUACAAGACUAUAUCGCCACUGUCAAGACAAAGGCCAAUCAAAUCCAUCUAAAAUCUGGAACCGCAUGCGCAUUGGACGGAGAAGCCUGCCACGACUUAUACGAAAGCGAAAGUUACUGGUCGAACAUUCCGACCGACAGCAGUGGUUUCUAUGAAUAUAACGUUCUUUAUGAGGGUCCAGCAAUGAAACUAACACCUGCCGAAUCAUUUCAAAGACCCAUACUUUACACAGUGGCAACGAAAGACGUCACGUUUGCUCUAACAAGAACCACAUCAACUGCACUCGACAAAAUGGCUUAUACCUUAAUGAAGCAACCAGGAUACAUGGCAGUCAUCGCGGCAGAAGUAAUGUAUAUUACAAAAUGUAUUUCUAUGGAAGUAAAGGUCAGGCAGACUGAGGAAUGCUAUAAAGAAUUACCGAUCACUUAUCGGAACGACUCAUAUUUCCUAGCAUUUAAAACACGCAUCAUCCUAAAAGAAGCUUCAUCAAAAGGUGGUAACGAAUUGCCCAACAUGUAUAAUCUACAUGGAACCUGGUAUAGAGUGACUCCGAAACUGUUCGAAUCAAUAUCUCACCCAGUAAUUCAAUCUCUAACGAAGCCAUAGUGAAGAUACAUCGACCUUGAACUCCUUGGAACAAGCGGUAUUUACUCAAACGAGGAUCUAAAUAAACUCAGGUCACACAUCAUGGAACCACCUGAAAAACCCGCCAUUAUCAACACUCUUGCUAUGAUUUAGUGGAAAACAUAUACUUUCAGACAAAAAUUUCUUUAUAUAAUCUAAUCGAUGAGAAAUUAUUAAGUAAGAUGGCAUCAAGUAUGGCACAACGAUUCUGUGGAGCCUUCGUAACCUUCGGAUCAGCAAGCGCCGGAGUCGUAGCCAUUUUUAUGGAUCUUCGAUUAGUCAAGUUCAUCAUCGACACACUCAUCCAUGUGUACGCAUUACACAAUAUUUAUGCGUGGAUCCUACACAUCCUAGGUGCCCUAUGAAAUUCAAUAACAAACCUCCUCCUCCGCCAAAAGAGUGGAACAAGAAGAACCACACAUAGAAAUGGCACCCGAAAUUACUGCCCUCCACAAGGAAAAGAGAGAACUCGCAACUGACGCACUCAAUCGACCAAGCACAUUAUUUGAAUUAAACUCAUACAUAAAGAUAAAUGUUAAAAUGUACAUAUAUCUACGCACAUUUUUAAAUAAGGGGGAAGUAUUACAUCCCAUAUUCCUCUCAUACUUCGAUUUAAAUGCCUCUUAUCUACCUAUAAAAAUCUUAAUCUUCUGGAAAUAUGUUGCUAAUAAUAUUAUUGUAAAUCACUCAUUAGGUAUAAGAAGCGAUCGGAGACACAUUACAAAUUUAUCAGUCUUUCUAUUAUACAAAAUAUUUUUACAAUACAUUAUCUGUAGCGCACCGGACGGAUCCCACGAUACGUGACGCACUAGAUGGAAGCCAUAAGAUGCGCCUUAUGUAACGUACCAAACGACCAUAUUGUCGGUAGGUCGAGGCAACGCCUCAUCCCCAUAGCAAAGCUUCCGCAGGUAGCCUCAUUCCCACCACCGACAACGCUACGCUUUCACUACGCCAACGUUACAUACGACGUCACUAGUUUGUUAUAUAUAUAUAAAUAUAUGUAUAUAGUUCACACAAAUAACAAAUGUAUAGAAUAUGUUUUU